AUGGGUCGCCGUGCGUUGGCUGAAGGUUCCUCUCAGACGCUCACCCCUUCAGGGCGCCGUUCGUUGGCUGGAGGUUCUCAGACGGAUUUUGGUGAGGGAUGUGGGAGGAGGAGAGGAGCUAGGAGACAGGUGAGGGAGGUGGGUGCUGAGAGGCUGGUGGGUUCUCAGACGGAUUUUGGCGAGGGAUGUGAGAGGAGGAGGAGAGGAGCUAGGAGACAGCUGUUUGAGGUGGGUGGUGGGAGGCCAGUGGAUGUGAGCGGUAAUAGGAUUGAUAGGGGUAAUACGGUUGAUUGGAGUGGUAUGGAAGGGUGCGGUGGCGAGGGAAGUGGGAGGAGGAGGGGAGGUGUGAGAAGGCAGCUGUGGGAGGUGGCUGGUGAGGCAGCUGUGGAUUGGAGCAGGGAUGGCGGUGGUAGGGUUGAUGGGAGUUCUAAAAGUGGUAGGAGUGGUAUGGAAGGGUGUGGUGGCGGUGACGGCGAGGGGAGUGGGAGGAGGAGAGGAGGAGUGAGGAGGCAGCUGUGUGUGAUGGCUGGUGAGAACCGUGUGGAUGUGGGCAAUGAUAGGGGUGAUGAAAGUGAUAGGAGUGAUAGGGAAGGGUAUGGCGGUGGUGGUGGCGGUGGUAUUGGUGGUGGUGCUGAUUCUGCUGCUGCUGCUGCGGCUGGUGCUGCUGCUGCUGCUGCUGCUUCUGCUAGCGGUGGCGGUGGUGGUGGCGCUACUAUUGCUUUCAGUUCACUUGAAGCAACUGAAGCAUUGGAAGAAACUGAAGCAAGUACGAUAGCACAGCGGCUCAGCAAGGCAUGUGAAGCUGACAGCAGCAACAGUGAUGGCAGCAACACGUUACCGGGGAACACAGCUGGCAGUGGUGGUGGCGGUGGUGAUAGUGGCGGCGGUGGCGGUGCUGGUGAGAAGAGCAGCGGCAACAGCAGCAUACGCAAGGCAGUGCGCAGGCUGUUCGGGAAGAGCCGCGGGAAAUGGCAGAGCCAGGUCGCACCUUUCCCGGACUUGGACCCCACUCCUCUGCAUGAGGAGGGGACUAAAAAUGCGGCUCAAAAGGCGGCUGGGCGGGAUCGGAUUCAGGCCGCACCUUUCCCCGACCCAGAUUCCCCGUCUCCUCUGCAUGCUCCUGAUCCGUUGCAGUCUGCCUUUGGGGGCUCCUUUCGCUCUCUGCAUGCUGCCGCUGGGGCAUCUCCUGGGGUGGCUGGUUGGGUGGAUGGAGGGGCGACUGGUGGCGGGGCGGCUGGUGGGGCGGCUGGUGGAGCGGCUGGUGGGGCGGCUGGUGGGGCGGCUGGUGGGGCGGCUGGUGGGGCGGCUGGUGGGGCGGCUGGUGGGGCAGCUGACAGCGCGAGUGUGUCUGAUGCAGGUGAAGACAGAUGUUGCCAUGCUCCUGCUGCCACAGAUGGGAUCGCUCUGGCAUGUACAAGUUUCAGUGGUAGCAGCAACAGCAGUAGCGGUACGUUCAAGACAGCAGAAGCAGAGGUGGUGGCGAGUCAGCCAUUGCCGGUGACGGCAGGGAUUGCUUCAGAGCCCUCCCCAAAGGCAGCACCAGCAGCCACAGGGCUGGUGGCGGGUCAGCCGUUGCCGGUGAUGGCAGGGAUUGCUUCAGAGCCCUCCCCAAAGGCAGCACCAGCAGCCACAGGGCUGGUGGCGGGUCAGCCAUUGCCGGAGGAGGAGCGGAAGCAUCAGAAGCGUGAGGAGGAUUGGAGGGACGUGGAGAAGAGGGAUGUGGUAUUCGAGGAGGAAGAGGAGGAGGAGGAAGUGAGGGAGGAGGAACGGUGGGCGGAGGAAGAGGAGGAGCGGCAGAAGUGUGACGAAGAACGGAGGGACGAGUGUGAGAGGGGUGCGGAACUCGAAAAGGAAGAGAGUGAGGAGGAAGAGAGGGAGAAGGAGUGGGGGGAGAUGGUUAAGAGGGGUGCGGAGAUUGGGGAGGAAGAGAGGGAGGAGGAAGCAGAGGAGGAAGAGGAGCAGCAGCAGAUGUGUGAGGAAGGUUGGAGGGACGUGGGUGAGAGGGGUGUGGGACCCGAGGAGGAAGAGAGGGAGAAUGAGCGGAAUGACACGGUUGAGAGGAAGCAUAAGGCUGAGGAAGAGGAGGAGGAGCAGCAGAUGUGUGAGGAAGGUUGGAGGGACGUGGAGCGCGCCCUGCUGGAGCACCGCCAGGAGACCGCCCUUCUGCAGGGGAGGGCUGGCGGAAACAACGAGGAAAGAGACAGGGAAAAGUAUGGGGAGACCGAUUGGGUGUGGAGUGGGAGCAAUGGGGAGAGCAAUGAGGGGGGCAACCAGGAGCAAUGGGGAAGCAACAAGGAGGAGAGUAGUGAGAAGAGGCAAGGCAGGAGGAGUGUGCGAGUGAAGAGUGAAAGCUCUCUUCUGUCAGCAGCAGCGGCGGCUGUAGCAGCACCAGUGUCCCCCGGCGAGUCGAUCCGAGCAGCUGUGGCCGUCUAUUCUGCCUCGAGAGAAUUCUGGCGGCCCCCCUCCACCCCCAAGCCUGUGAUGGCCUGCCAGCUGAAGCAAGCCAAGCUGAGCCUCCCCAGGUACUCCCCCCCUGUGCCUCUUAUUGGGCUGGAGAAGCUGAUGGAGGGUGCAGCAGGGGCAGGUGGGACUGGUGGGUUUGGUGGGUUUGGUUCACUCCUUCAGGUGAAGCGUUCGGAAGCUAAGAUGACUGAACAGAAGAAUUCUGAUGUCGCUGAUAGUUCUCAAAUGUCAACCCUAGACUUCGUUUCCAAAGCCACAUCAGCUUUUCAAGUAGCAACUACGAAGGCUAAGCGCGCAUUCACGGAUUUAAGACGCGACGCACCUCCGUCUGAAGCGCCAGCUCCAUCCAGCCUUCCGACAUCCCCACCGACCCCCCCCCAGCCUUCUCAUGGGUGGGGUUAUCCGUGGUUGCUCAAGGCGAGCCCCAGGACCAGCCAUUCGGAAGAACUCAGCAGAAGAGUCGCUGAGCUGUCAAAGGAACCGCAAAAGUUUCUCAUGGUGGGGGUAUCAGACGACCGCGCGGAGCACUACGUGAAUCUCGAGAGCGCGUUGCUCUCUGCUCCAGCCAUUCUCGAGGCGGACGAUCACCUGAGCAGAAUCUUUUCGGAAUUCGUGCCUCGGCUGGUCUCGGAGAGGGAGUUUUGGAAACGAUACUUCUUCGUGGUGGCUAAGGUGGAGCUGGAAUUAGAGCACGAGGAGGACUGGGGUGCUGCGGACCCUUCCCCCCUCGGCUCCCCUGCCAGUGUGGGCUCGCACGGACGGCUAUUUUCGCUUCCCAUGUGGCAUCCCAAGGAACGGGACCUGAAUGGGAGCACCUGCAGCACAACGACAAGCGUGUGCAGCGUAGGAAACGUGGAUCCUCCGAACAUCCCAUCGUCUGCACACCUGCGGAAUCUCGCCCAGGCUGUCAGCUACUCGGCUCCGUUUGCGACGCUCAAGGACUUGGUGAACCAUAACGGCAAGUGGCCAGGGACCGCCCUCGCGCAGGCUGUGGGAGCUGGGAUUGGCCGAGCCUUCUCCCUCUCGUCCAUAUCGAAUGUAAACGACGUUGACAGCACGGAUGACAUGAUUCAGAGGCUUCUAAGCUCAGGAGAGGACAACGCCUUUGACUGCAGCUGCGACUCUUUCACCAGCAGCAGCAGCAGCGGAAGCAACAGCAAGCCCCCCCAGGAAAAGCCGAGCGACGCCGCCCCAUCAGCAGUAACCGCCCUGGUGCACUCAGUGCACGGGGCAUAUCCGGGCAGCUUUGUGGCGCAGGUGGCGGCGCUCAUGGCGGAGCUGCCCUCUGAGAAGGACAUGGCGCAGCUGUGGCUUGCUCUGGUAGAACAGCUGCGGGUGCGGCGGAAGCAGGGAGUGCCGGUGCCGCAUGUAGCAGCGGGCAGGGACGGGCCUGACCUGCGGCUGUGCGAGGUGAUGCAGCACCUGCAGCUGCUCAACUGCUGCAUCGCCCGCCAGCGUAGACGCAAAGCCAUUGGGUUCGCUUGCAAACUCCCAGGCUCAGCAGCAGCAGGAACAGGUGCUGCUGGUGGUGAUGGUGGUGGUGGUGUGGUUAGGGGUAGCAGCAGGAAGAUCAGGGAGUCUCUGUCAGAAGGUGCUGCUUGUGUUUCAGAUCGUUGUGAUGCUUCAGGGGACGCUGUUGCUGCGGUGAGAAGUGCGAGUUUUGGUGUAGACGUAUGCGUAGGAGGAGCCGAGGAGCAGAGCAGAGCAGAGGAGACACUGGAAACACUGGCAGCACACGAGGCAGAUUCUGAAUUUGCGAAUUGCAGCAGUGAAGGCACAUGCGUCGUGCCUGAAGCUGACGGCAUGGAACCCUGUGACUGCAUCACGAAACCAUCAGAGGAGGCUCACACAGAAGCAGCAGCAGCAACAGCAGCAGCAGCAGGAGCAGCAGCUGGUGACGACGUGGCAUCUGGGGCGGUCAGAAGUUUGAGUGUGCAUGCAGGGGAUGAUGAGCUGGCAGCGGGGCCAUGCUGGAAUCGAGACUGUCCAGGUCAGCACCUGUUCCUGUGUGACACGUGUUCUCUGCCAUGUGGGAAUCACCCGCCUGGGGAGAAUGCUGGGCUGGAAGGCAGCAGAGCAGAAGCACAAGCAGCGCCAGGGGCAGCAGCAGGGGCAGCAGCAGAAGAGUAUCACCUAGAUGCAUGCUAUGCGCGAGUGCAGUCAGGGAAGCGUGUGCUGAGGAGAGGCGUGAAGGAGCAGUCAAAGAGUCUUCGGCUGCUGGAGACAGGCGAGCCUCUGUGCAUUCCUGUGACUCAGGACGGGCCGCUGAUGACUGAGUCUAGCGUGCGAGAGAGCGAGGAGCUUAUCAUGCGCACAAAGAGCUUUGGCACUGGUCACAAGCAGCUCUUCUCGGACAUGCAAUCCUUCAAGGCGGCCAACCCUGGGUGUGUCUUGGAGGACUUUGUUCGCUGGUACUCCCCCCCCGACUGGUCGCCUCUCCCCCAGUCGCCCUCCGUCCACUCGCCCUCGCUCCACGUGCCUUCUCCCCAUGCACCAUCCACUAACCCUCCUCCUGUACAAACACCCGCUCUACACUCCCCCUCGCCCUCCUCCUCCACUGGUGAACUCGCUCCAGACGCAAAGACUCCCUAUGCUCCUUCCAGUGCCGCUACUCACGGCGGAGAGAGGGAGGGACAGGCUGCAAGGGGUGCUGUGGGGGGAAUACUUGACUGCACACCCAAAAAGACAGGAUACCUCAGCGUGCGCAUGAAGGCUUCUGAUAACCUGUGGCAGCAGCUGUGGAACCGCGCUCGACCGCUGCCCAUCGCUCUUCAGCCCCCAUUGGUGGACUACGACUAUGCUGCGGAAAAGAGCCUUAGCUGGUUGGAGAGCAUCCCCCCAUCGCACCUCUUUGCAGAGCUCUUCACCGUUCUCGUUGCCGUUGGCUUCUCAGCUGCUGCCUCAGCAUACCACACUCCCCCCCCCACCACCUCCUCCUCGUCUCUCCCUGCAAGACGACAGGACAGCUGGGUGCGUGUCAAUGGUGUUGACAUUGACAGUGCAACAGCAGCAGGGCAGGAGUUGGAGGAAGUAAGGGGGGAGGAGGAAUGGGGGGAGGAGGAGGGGGAAGGGGAGGCGUGUGUGCAGGCAGCAGCGGAUGGGCAUAUCAGAGCACGAGUGGCGGAGUGCUGCCGCUACGUGGCUGGGGCGUGCAUGAGGGGCAUGAGCGAUGACAAGAUGACCAACGUGUGCCUCGUGUAUGAGAUGAUGGAGGAUAUAGUGGUGGGGCCACAAGCCAAGGCGCAGCUUCCCAGGGCCAACACGUCAGUCUCUCAAGACGCCCAACCAGUCUCCACGCUCAAGCCCUCGCUCCUGCAGCAGUGGCAGCAAUGGCACUCCAAACCCUCCGCCAAGCCUCAAGAGAACCCCCACCACCACCCGCCCAUCGACGCUCAUGCAAUCGAAUCUCUCCCAGAAAACGCCCUUCUGAGCCACCCUCACCCGGACAGCCAUCAUCACAUGGACACUCACCAGAACAACCAGAACGACAAGGAGGAUGACAAUCAUAACAAUCACGCGUGCUCUGACUCAGAGCCAUACGACACUCGCAGCCUCUCGGAUGCUUCAUGCGGCACAGGCGGAUUCUCCCCCGAGCCCAGCACGUCACCUCGCAUCCAGCCCCCCGCCAACACGCCUGCUCGCCGGUUCUCCCUCCUGGGAGCCGGCUCGAGCUUCCCUUCAUUUCGCGGCUUUUAA